UCUAACGAUAUUUGAUGUUGAAGUCAAAAUAUUAAUCUAUAUUUAAAGAAGUAUAUUAAUUCAAGUGUAAAUUCUUUUUGGUUAUUAACAUUUAUGUGCACUUUUUAAGUAUCUAAUUAAUUAAUUUAAACACAUAAUGAUAAAAGAAGAAGUUUAACACAAUUUUGCGUUCUAAAUACAUGUUUUAACUCAAUAAAAUAAAAUGUAUGGGGGACUUCUUAUCUGUUACAAAGUUCAACAGUUUCACUUUAAAUUUAUUGCAAAUCACUCUCAGAUCGCAGUAAAGCUACAACUCUGAUCGCAGGCUAUACUUGAAAAUGGUUGUGGGUAAUAUUUCGCUUCUCCGCGAUUUUCCAAGCGGUCCCUUGGAUCGUUACAGGAAAAUUGCAUCUUUCGACUGGAAGAAAAUGAGAAUUUUCUUAGAUACAGAAGAAGUUGUGGAAUUUAUGGAUGAAUUAUAUAACGAACUCGCCGAACAUCCCAUUCUUCACCCAACCCCGACAACACCUCAUUUAGAUGAAGUAAGAAGAAUUGGAAUUCGUAGAAUGUUCACGUUGAAUAACAUUGAAAAAAUCCCAGAAAGACAUAGCAAUAUUUUAAAGAAUAUUGCUGUAAUGAACAUUUUGUUUAAUGUAGAUCCUGGGACAACUGUGAAAAUGCAAAUUAAUUAUGGGUUGUUUCCCAGCACGAUUCUUGGUUUAGGUACAGCCAAACAUAUUGAUUAUGUUGUUGAUGUUAUGAAUACAAAGAUUUUUGGUUGUUUCUGUUUAACUGAAAUUGGACAUGGUACAAACGCACGUGGAAUGAGAACAACAGCAACUUAUGAUCCAAAAACGAAAGAAUUUGUAUUAGAUUCCCCCGAUUUUGAAGCGGCGAAAUGUUGGGCUGGGGGUUUGGGCCAAGUUGCAACUCACGGAACCGUUUUUGCGCAAUUAAUCACCCCGGAUGGUGUUAGUCAAGGUUUACAUUGUUUCAUCGUUCCAUUAAGAAACCCCAGAAGUCUUGAACCGUAUCCAGGAAUUACAAUUGGUGAUAUGGGCGAAAAAGCUGGCUUAAAUUCAAUUGAUAAUGGCUUUUUGAUGUUCCACAAGUAUCGCAUUCCUAAAGAUAAUCUUUUAAAUAAAAAUGGGGACGUAACAGAUGAUGGGAAAUAUGUAACCCCGAUUAAAGAUAAAAAUAAGAGACAUGGCGGAACUUUGGGUGGGUUAUCCACAGGAAGAAUCACAAUUACACACAUUACUGCAGUAUAUUUAAUGAAGGUAUUAACAAUUGCGAUUAGAUAUGGUGCGGUUAGAAAACAAUUUGGACCUGAAAACGGCGAAGAAUUACCAGUCAUUGAAUAUCAAUUACACCAACACAGAUUACUCCCUUAUUUAGCAACAACUUAUUGUGCUAAAAUCAUGUCUGAAUUGUUAUUUGUACAAAUGGUUGAACAAACUAUGGGCUCUUUUACUGGUCAAAAACCCGAUCCUAUGUUAGUAUUGGAACUACACGCUUUAUCUUCAGCUUCUAAACCCGUUUUCGCAUGGACAACUCGCGAUGCUAUUCAAGAAUGUCGCGAAGCUUGCGCCGGACACGGUUAUCUUAAAGCUUCCGGUAUUAGUGAAGUUAGAAACGAUAACGAUGCUAAUUGUACCUAUGAAGGUGAAAAUCACGUUUUAAUUCAACAAACGACCAAUCAACUUUUGAAGUUUUGGCCUGGUGUACUCAAACGGGAAAAACUCACUUCACCAUUACAUUCUUUGGACUUUUUCGUCGAUGGAUUACAAAUUUUACAAACUAAAUGGGCACCUACAACUGUUCAAGAAUUACUUAAUUUAGAAUGUAAGUUUAUUGAACAUGAUUUUUGGGUGAAACUAUACAGGUGUCUCCGCGAGAUCGGUGAUUAGACGUUUCUGGAGCUA